CCCAAUACGUGAAUCAUACACAUAUCACUAUCACCUGAAGUCUGAACCCAUAGCACCUUCCAAACUCACCCUACCAAAACCCUAAGUUCUCCCUGCAACUGUUCUGCCGCGGUGCCGCCGCCGUCCGUGCUGUCGGCGCCUUUGCUUCCUCUCUCGUAGUUCGGCGUCCUCCUUCCCCUGUCCCCGUCCUCUCUGGAUUCUCUCGAACUUGGUGCAGCUCGCCGCUGUGUUGCCACUCGCUGUCGUCUCGCCGGGCGCCGUCCAUGUCGUUGUCGAAGUGGUCACAAAGUAUUGGCAAUAUGGAGUCACUGGAAUCCAUUGAUUUCUCUGGCAACCAACUCACAGGGGAGAUCCCUCAAAGCAUCACAAACUUGAACUUCCUGAACAAGCUAGACUUGUCCUACAAUCACUUGGAGGGCAAAAUCCCAACGGGCACUCAGUUGCAAAGCUUUGAAGCAUCCGAUUUUGUCGGCAACAAGCUAUGUGGUCCACCAUUGCUGCUCAACUGUACCAUGGACGGGAAAGUUCAUGAUGAUGAUGCUAAUGACAAUGAAAAAGAGAGAAAGAAUCAUGGAGUGAAGUGGCUGUUUGUGAGUGUGGCUUUUCGAUUUAUAGUGGGAUUUUGGGGAUUUGUGGGUCCACUGUUCAUAUUCAAAUCAUGGAUGUAUGCCUAUUACCAUUUCCUUGACGAUGUGUGGUACAAACUUCAAUCAUGUAUAUGACUUUAUGAUGUUUUUCUGGUGCUUGGUUUUUCCUUUGUGUGCAUGGAGUUUGUAAUGUUUUCUUUUCAUUUCUUUUUUUGUAAUAGUGGAAAUAAAAAUAAUAUGCACUUGUCCUGCUUAGCUUGUUUAAAUGUAAUCCAGUUAGUAUUGUUGUCCCUAUAAUAAUAACACUUAA